UCAUAGUCAACUCUCAUCUCUAGUUUAGAUUUUUAUUUUAUCUUUCCAUCCAAAGCCAUUGUAAACGAAGCUUUCCUAAGAAGUCUUAGAGAGAAACUAAAGACUCUUUGUAGCGGAUCUGCGAAGGCAGAGCUAUUGGUUUGUUUGGUUAUUGGUUUCUUCGGCAGCUAAGAAUCGACCAUUUUGGUGAAGAUAGCAAAUGAGUAACCAAGGAGCAAUUCGUAGAUCUGGAGAAGAUAGGAUAAGUAGCUUACCUGAUCAUUUGCUAAGUCAGAUACUCUCUAAUCUUCCUACAGAGAAUGCUGUUACUACUAGCAUUUUGUCCACCAGAUGGAAAGAUCUCUGGCUUUCAACCCCUGUCUUGGAUAUAGACAUUGAUGCUUUCGAUGAUGCCACUACAUUCAUCAGUUUCGCCACUCGGUUUCUUGAUUCUUUUAAAGAUUCAUGCUUACACAAGCUCCAGAUUUCUUUUCAGAUGGAAGCUGUUGAUAUGUGGACAAUCAUACCGUGGAUCGAAGACGCUGUUAAGCGUAGAAUCCAACAUCUUGAAGUUGACAGUCGUAUUGAUCAUAUGAUUGAUACGCUGCCUCUAACCGUUUACUUAAGUGAGAGUUUGGUUUCAUUGAGACUUCAUCUUGUGAUGCUGCAUCGUUUCGUGUUUGUGUCAUUACCUAAUCUUAAGGUGAUGCAUUUAGAAGAGAAUAUCUAUUCUUAUGCUGAGACUAUGGAGAAGUUUAUCUCAUCAUGCCCGGUUCUUGAAGAUUUAACUGUUGUUAGAAAUGUAGAUGAAGCCACUGAGAAGGUUUUAAGGGUGAGCUCUCAGUCACUAAACAGUCUCAAACUCGUUAUUGAUAGUUCCAAGUGUUGGUAUAAUGAUGAUAGUGACGAUUGGAAGGUUGUCAUUGAUGCUCCUCAGCUCGUGUAUCUAAGUCUUAAAGAUGAUCAGUCAGUGAGUUUUGUGAUAAACAAUUUGUGUUCAUCUGCAAAGGCAGAUAUCAAGGUCAGUUUUAAUGUGUCCGAUAUUUGGGAUCUAGAGGAGUCGUUCGAGAGAAGCAAUGUCGGUAAAUUUCUCACCGGGCUCUCAAGCUUAAGGGACAUGACUAUUAGUGGAACAACUUUGAAGGUAUAUAUGCAUACAAAUAUAUAAAACUGGUCAUUUGAAUGUGUCUCUUAGGAUGAAAACUGCAUUUUCUUUGUGUUUUGCAGAUCAUUUGUCACUACUUGAAGCACGAGCCGAUGCCUCAGUUUCGUAACAUGACGCGGUUACAUGCGAAAUUCUAUGUUUGUGAUUUGGAAAUGUUGCCAUGCGUUCUUGAGAGCUGUCCAAAUCUCAAAUCACUUGUCUUGAAGCUGAAAGGUGAAAUGGAAAAUGAAGAAAUCAGUCUAUCAUCAUCAGUGCCGAAGUGUUUGCAAUCAAGCCUUGAGAAUGUUGAGAUUAUACGACCAAACUAUGGAAGUGGAGAAGAGAUGAAACUAUCAAAAUAUUUCCUUGAGAAUUCGCUAGUCCUCAAGAAGUUUAAGCUAUGCAGAGAUUGUCAUAGCGAGGAACAAGAGUCUCUCGUCGUUAGGGAACUCAUGACAUUCCAGAGAUGUUCUAGUGCUUGUGAAAUCAACGUUGUUAGAUUUCAAAGAUAGGCUUGGUAAUUUGAUUUGGCUAUUAUGCAUCAAUUUUG